AUGGCGGCUUCUUGCCCACUCCCGGAGACCCUGAACUUGCCCAUGUUGCUUGCCAAAUUGCAGGGACUGCUGCGAUUCUUGAAGGAUGCCUUGCACAUUUCCAAUGCACAUACUGUAGACUUCUACACGGAAUCUCUGUGGGACCAGCUGGUUGCCUUGCCCCCGGAGACAGUGCUGGCUGCUCUGAGGAGGUCGGCGGCGGAGCCUUCGUCCGGCAAGAUUCCGUCCUGCGAGGCGCGUCCCCUAGUGGAAGCGGAGUGGGAGUGUGGGUGUAUUUAUUUCUCCAAAAUAUUCUGUGAAACUUCCCAGAAACUGGUGAGUGUGGAAGCCUUUGCUCUGGCUGCGAAAUACUAUUCUCUACAAAACUUGGGAAUAUGUACUCCUUUUGACCAGUUGCUUGUAGCCCUUCAAGGAAAUCGAAAACAGAGAACUGGUGAAAAUGUGAAGCCAGAUGAGUUUAUGAAUAUGAAAAAGUCUCAUGAAGUUUGUGUAAUGUCAGAGCUGAUCAGCAGUACUGCUGACUUUUGUGGAAUAAAGCAGGUAAUUGACCUGGGAUCUGGUAAAGGCUACCUAAGCUCCUUUUUGUCCUUGAAGUAUGGUUUAAAAGUUUACGGAAUUGAUUCCUCAGAUGUCAGUACUCAUGGAGCUGAAAAGAGAAAUAGGAAAUUGAAGAAACACUGGAGAGUUUAUCACACUCGAUCAAGGUUAGAUGUCAGUGGACUGGCAUUAAAAAUGGCAAAAGAAAGGAAAGUGAAAGACAAAAUUCAACAUAAAGCAGAUGCUGAAGAAAAGUGUAACAACCGUAUGAUAAAUCCAGAAGAGAUGGCUCCCUCAGGUUUCCUGCCAGGUUUUUCAGACACUGUGAUUUCUAAUAUCCCACAACAAAUAGAAAACCAACAUGGCCAGCCACAGCAAGAAGAAAAUUGGUGUUUUGAAAAUGUCUUUCCUUUUAUAGACAUUUUGCCUAUUAAUGCUGUAGAACCUACUUCUUCAUCCCAAAUAUCCAGCAGAGAAAUUUCUGAAGCCAGUAAAGAAAGAAGAAAAAAAACAUCACAGUCAAAUGAAUCAAGUAUAUAUUCACCUUUAACCUCUUUUAUCACUGCUGAUUCAGAACUGUGUGACAUUAUUGAAGAUCUGGAGGAUUGUUUGAUGGUGGGCCUACAUACUUGUGGUGAUCUUGCUCCAAAUACUCUGCGAAUAUUUGCUUCCAAGUAUGAAAUCAAGGGAGUAUGCAGUGUGGGUUGUUGCUACCACCUCUUAUCUGAAGAGUUUGAAAAUCAGCAUAUAGAAUGUACUCAAGAAAAGUGGGGAUUUCCAAUGUGCCGCUAUCUACAGGAAGAGAGAUGGUGCUGCGGUCGUAAUGCCAGAAUGUCAGCAUGUUUGGCUUUGGAGCGGGUUGCAGUUGGCCAAGGGCUGCCUAUUGAAUCACUCUUCUAUCGUGCUGUCCUUCAGGAUAUUAUUAAAGAUUGCUAUGGUAUCACCAAAUGUGAUCGACAUGUCGGCAAAAUUUAUUCCAAAUCCUCUUCUUUUCUGGAUUAUGUCAGAAAGUCUCUAAAGAAGCUUGGAUUAGAUGAGUCCAAGCAAGAGCAAGAAGACAUUGCAUGGUCUACACUUGUGAAGUUGUUUGAUCCUGUGAAAUCUCCUAGAUGUUAUGCUGUCAUUGCUCUUAAGAAGCAACAAUGA